AGUUCCCCGCACACCCACCAACCAUUGCCGAAUCCCAAGAAACAUUACUUUAUGAUCUUUUCUUGAUUUCUUCUUCUCUGCCAUUGACUGACUUGUUUGUAUAAUCUAAAUCGGCUAGCUCCUCACUUUUCCAAAGCUUCUCCUUUUAAAUAGAAGCCAUUACACAUUUGAAUCCUUUAAUUGUAGUAGUAUUCUAUCAUUGUCUGUUGAGUGUGUUCAGUUAUGGAGGCUACUGCACCUUUCUUCCCUUUAGCUGAUUUGUCAACUGGGUAUCUUCAAGAUGCUUUAAUGGAGUGGAAUGAUAGGUGUAAGAGAAGACGCUUAGAAUUGUAUGACCAUGGUUAUGAUCAAAGAACAAGCUGCUGGGAGAAUCUUGUACAGAACUACAACUGGAGCUCAAAUUGGACUGGAGACCCACUUGAGAAUUUUAAUUUCUUCAACAAUAUAACUGAAGCCAAUAGAGUUUCAGAUGAAUCAUUGAACUCCUCAAUCAGCAGCAUCAGUGAAGGAGAAACUAUUUUCUCAGAGAUCAAAACAUUAGAAGACUCAGUAUCAGCCCAUGAAACAAACAAUUCUCCAUGUCCAUCUUACAAGGACCCACUUGUGGGAAAGUGCAAGCAUGACAUAGAGACCCAAAUUUCAAGAAACACCCCUGGAUCUUCUUCAGAGAGUGGCUUCAAAAGGAAGAAGAAGGUCAUAACAGGAGUGAUUUACCCAUUUGCUUUAGUGAAACCAGGAGGAGUGGAUGGGGAUGUAACCCUCAAUGAUAUCAAUGAGAGGAUCCUCAUGCCACCAACCAGACCGGUCAGGCACCCGGUGGGGGACUUCGCUGGUCGUCCAUUUGUGUCUCCUGAUGGUCCAGGUCUCUCAGGGAAAUCAGUUGUGGCCCUCACCAAAAUCCACACUCAAGGAAGAGGAACCAUCACAAUCAUCAGAACCAGAGGCUGAAGUAAUGAAUAUAAUUGAAGGGUCCUUUAUUACUUUGAAGUUCAAUCCGUGCAUAUCUCAAUUGUAUAGUAACUGUAGGUAGAUGAUGCAUGUAAACAAAGAAACCGAGUUGCUAUUGUUCAACCCACAAUAUGAGUUAAAGAUUCCUCA